AUGGCUUCCCGAUUUGCUGUCGCUCGCGCUGCGCGACAAUUGACCUCAGCUGCUGCGAAGAGGCCGAGCGCCUUUGUCUGCCAGCAGUGGAAGCAGUCCGCUCAGGCACCGCGGCUAUUCACGGUGUCUGCCCAAUUAAAGGAGAAGAAGUACACUGAAGACCACGAAUGGAUUGAGGCGUCCGCUGAUGGCAAGACAUACACUCUUGGUAUCUCUGAAUACGCUGCGAAAGCUCUCGGCGACGUCGUAUACAUCGAACUUCCCCAGGUAGAUCUCGAGGUCGGAGAGGGUGACGCAAUUGGCGCUGUCGAGUCCGUCAAGUCUGCUUCAGACAUUCUCACACCUGUGAGCGGGACCGUCGCAGAGGUCAAUUCGGCACUUGAGGAAAAGCCGGGCAGCAUCAACAAGGACCCAGAGGGCAAUGGUUGGAUCGCCAAGAUCACUGUGUCAGAGGAACCUGCUGGCAAGCUGAUGAGCGAGGUUGAGUACAAAGAAUUCACAGAGGAGCCGUAA